AGAGUCUGGCGGGAUUCGGGUAGGUGCAGUGGCGGAAGUAGUUGGACACAGUGAGAGCUGAGCCAUCUAGGAAGGCGAGGCCGUGGGUCACCUCACCUGGAACAGCUGCCUGUCUCAGCCAGACCACAGCGAGUAGGGUUUGGCUGUCGGGGAAAUGCCUCUGUUCGCCCCCAACCCUUUCGAGCAAGACGUGGAAAAAGCCACAAAUGAGUACAACACUGCGGAAGACUGGAGUCUUAUUAUGGACAUAUGUGACAAAGUUGGAAGCACUCCUAAUGGGGCAAAAGACUGCCUGAAAGCCAUAAUGAAAAGGGUCAAUCACAAGGUUCCUCACGUUGCUCUGCAGGCGUUAACUCUUCUUGGGGCUUGUGUGGCAAACUGUGGAAAGAUAUUUCAUUUAGAAGUAUGUUCCCGUGAUUUUGCAACAGAAGUACGUGCUCUGAUAAAAAAUAAGGCUCAUCCUAAGGUGUGUGAAAAACUGAAAUCUUUAAUGGUGGAGUGGUCAGAAGAAUUUCAAAAGGACCCCCAGUUUAGUCUAAUAUCUGCAACUAUUAAAUCUAUGAAAGAAGAAGGAAUUACUUUUCCUCCAGCAGGUUCUCAGACUGUCUCAGCUGCUGCCAAGAAUGGUACAUCAUCAAACAAAAACAAAGAAGAUGAAGACAUAGCUAAAGCUAUUGAAUUAUCCUUGCAAGAGCAGAAGCAGCAGCACACAGAAACAAAAUCCUUACAUCCGUCUGCAGACGUUCAGCUAAAUAAUAAAACUGCAAGAAAAGUGAGAGCUUUAUAUGAUUUUGAAGCUGUUGAGGACAAUGAACUUACCUUUAAACACGGUGAAAUUAUUAUUGUUUUGGAUGACAGUGAUGCCAACUGGUGGAAAGGAGAAAACCACAGAGGAGUAGGACUCUUCCCAUCUAAUUUUGUAACAACAAAUUUAAACAUGGAGUCUGAGGCAGCAGCUAUGGACAAUUUGAAUGUAAUUGAUGAGGAGGAAGAAGAAAUUAAGAAAUCAGAGCCUGAGCCUGUUUAUAUAGAUGAGGAGAAGAUGGAUAGAGCCCUGCAGGCCCUCCAGAGUAUAGAUCCAACUGACUCAAAACCAGACUCCCAGGACCUUUUGGACUUAGAAGAUAUCUGCCAACAGAUGGGUCCCAUGAUAGAUGAAAAACUUGAAGAGAUUGACAGGAAGCAUUCAGAAUUGUCUGACUUGAACGUAAAAGUCUUGGAAGCCCUGGAACUGUAUAACAAGUUGGUAAAUGAAGUACCAGUAUAUUCUGUUUAUUCAAAGCUCCAUCCUCCAGCACAUUACCCACCUUCAUCAGCCGGGGUUCCGAUGCAGACAUAUCCAGUUCAAUCACAUGGUGGAAAUUAUAUGGGUCAAAACGUUCACCAAGUUACUGUUGCCCAAAGCUACAGCCUGGGACCAGACCAGAUUGGUCCACUCAGAUCUCUGCCUCCAAAUGUGAAUUCCUCCAUGCCAGCUCAGCCUGCUCAAGCUCCAUACUUAAGCACUGGACAGGACACUCUUUCCAAUCCUGCUUACAUGGACCAGGCAGCCGCUGGCACAGCCGCUUACGCUCAGCAGAGGGGGCUGGCUCUGGGCCUGCCAUCCUACCCGGCCACCGUGUCCAGUCUGCCGCCGCUGGCGGGCUUUCCGGCGGCAGUUCCAGCUCAUGCAGGUGCACAGCAGCAAACAGGUUACCAUCAGCAGCCUCUCCUUUAGAGACAACCCAUGCGUUUCGUUCAAAGCCUUCAUAUAUAUGUAUUAUUUGACCAUUAUGAUUCUAAUCUGAAAAUACUGAAAGAAAAACAUUUUUCACAACUAAAAAGGACAGACCAUGAAUAAAUAAAGCACAAAACCUUCUUACUCUACUAGGCCAUAAAAGGGUUUUUUUCCACUCGUUUGUUUGAAGUCAAACUUUUGAACAGAGGCAGCUUCAAGUUGUUUCCAGUUGAUUUUGUCUGAAUUUCAAAUUUCUCUACACAGAUCUGGACACCCGUGGGUAGCCUUAUGACACUAAACAGCAUGAGAAACGUACAUUUUAUAAAGAACCCACCCUAUACCCCCCAAACAUUGUGACGAUGGGGAGAGUGCUGAAACCUUUAAAUAUAUUUUGUAUGCAUAUUUUUUCAGUUUCCUACACACCACUAUUUUAAAAGGUGACCAUCUUUUUUUUGUGCAUUUAGCUUGCCAACAUACUUCCUUUUGGCUCCUCAAAUUGCAGUUGUAUUUGCAAUACUUUCAGUUUUGCUCUCAGUGUAUGUUGAGUAAUAAUUAGCAUGUAAUUGUCUGCAGAAGAGCUGUUUGGAAGGAUCAAAAAUAUUUUGUUAUUAAUAGUGAAGACCAUGUCAAUGCAGAUGUGUGACAAAGCAUUUAGCUAGUCCUCCCUUCAUGCCAUUCGUGGGCUAAGAAAUGCCCCGUAAACCAUUUCCAUUACCUGCAGAACAACAUUUAUUUUCUUACAAGGGUCCCUGGUAUUUAGAAUGGCCACUACAUGGACCUUUUCCAAUGACUUUGGUCAUUCUGUAAUGAAGACAGGGUCUGUUGUGUUCCUUCAUACACUGCAUCAUGCAGAGAUGCUGCAUUUCCUUUUUACAGACGACAUGUGAACUUGAGCCAUGAGGCAAACCUAAUAAUUUGAUGUGAUGUAUGCCAGUCGUUAAGUGUGGUUUUGUUGAUACGUUGCUUCUUUACAGAGGUGAUGCGAGUACCAUUGCUCUACCAGGCUGUCGAAAAAACUGGCCAUUCUUUUCAGGAGUAAUUCUGAGUCUGUGGAAUAACAACCAGCAACGGAUUGACAGGGAAGCUCUUGAGACAGUUUUUCUGAAGCUUACAUUUUAAAUUAGUUUAUAAUGCUAAUAGAUUCCACUUUAGAAGUCAGUAACUCAGUAGGGACUAUCUUCUCUCUAAAAAUUUGCACACUACUGUAUUGUCUAGCACUUUUUUAGAUAACACAAAAUAGAAAACAAGCCAUAGUAGAAGUAGUAAGCUGUAUGUUAUAGAAACACCAGCAGGCCCCCCAAUGUUAUUUGUAGGAACAAUUGAUGUUAAAACUAUAUUCAAAUUUUGAUUUAAGAAUUUUUGAGAUGUAGUCAAACUAUCCAAAGUUUCUUUGUAUAAAAGAGGCAGCAUCAAGAGUUCUAACUUUUUGAUAGAGAAGUCUGUUAAAUUUAUAUCUGAAAAAAGGAAAUGCAAAUACCUAUGCUUACAGAUACAUAACAACUGGAAAAAUGAUGGACAUGUUUAUUUUUUUAAAUGAUAAUUGUAUGGAAGCAAGAUUUCUGCAUUGUUUUUUUUAAUAGGACUCUGUAGUAGAAAGAUUACCCUUAAUCUUUUGUCAUUUGCUAUUUGAAGAAACUUGAUUCUAAAUAUAUUGCUCCCCCCACCCCCCCCGCCCAAAGAAACUGUAUCCUACAAGAAAUUAGUCCAUGUACUACUUGGUCUUCAUUUAAAGGGAAAAACAGUUAAUAUUGGACAGCCCAGUUUCUGUCAUUCUCUUAUUUUAGAUAUAGGGAACAGGAAAGAAAGUUUUAACCUUUAAUGCUUCGUGUUCUGUUUUUCAUUCCAUAUUUCUUUUCCAUCCAUGUGAAUUCAAUGAUAAUACUUACAGAAAAUUCUAAAAUGGCACCUUACUUUCUGGAAACAAAUCUGUUCUUUUUUUAAAGACUACAAAGCAUAAAAAACAUUUACAAAGCUGCUCUUGAUAAUAAUGUUUUCAUAUAUAUGGAAAAUCCUUUUUCCCAAACAAUAUUUAAUAAACAGUUAUUUUAAUAUUGGUGUAAAUAUUUCAUGUAUAAUUUUUGGUGGAAUUGUAAAAGCUUAAUUUUGCAUAAGUCUGAGCUAGUCUGAAUGCUUGCACACCCCCUAAAUCGGGGUCAGUCAGUUUAGUUCACCUAAUGUAGUUUUUGAAUAAUGUAAUAUGCAACAUGUAUAUAAAUAGUAUAUAUUGGCAUUUAUCUGUGAAAUUUUAUAUAUUCAGAAGUUUUUUCUCCCUCUUAAAUUAAAAAUAAUUUUAUUUUUGUCAUACUGUAAUGAAAUUUGUGUUGCAGGUUGUUGAUAGUAUAAAGAUGUUAAAUCAGUGUAGCGAGAUAUUUUUAGUGUUAAGAAAUAUAGGUUUAUUAUUUUUCUUUUCCAUAAUCUAAUGGAUUGUAUUUAUUUUCAAACCUGUUUAUAAUUAAAUGUUUUCUGCCAAAGGAACUGUCUAACAUCAGAUUUCUACAUUGGGUUCAUACUUACUGUUUUUAUAUAAAAAAUAAAAGUAACUUCUGCUUUUUCACAUAAAAUCUUGGUACGUGAGAAAGAAUUUCUGAAAAUUAAAAUAAAGUUUUCAUUAAUGUAGAAAACUUCCCCUGGUGUUAAAGUAUGUGAAGUGGGAUGUGUUCUCACAGUGUGGAAAUGCAGUCUACCAAUACUUUCUUGGGAUUUGGUGACUUAUUUAUAAAAUUAUCUGAACAUGAAAAAAUUGUAACAUUUAUCAGGAUUUGAAAUUAUUUGCAGAUACAUUGUCAUCAUAUACUAUUUCAGUAGUUGGUUUUUGACCACAUAAAUUUCACUGUACAUUUUGAAGAUUUGAUGAUUAGUUAUAAAACUUUGCCUUCCAUAUUAUAAAAUCUUGAUUUUAAAUGUUUAAAAAGUUAUGGCCUAGGGACUUAUAAAAAAGUUUUUUCUAGUGCAAUAAAAAUUGUAUACCAAGGCUCCUGACUUCUGGGAGAGGAUGGAUUUGUUGAAUUGUUACCAUGACAAAGCUGGAGUUAUUUUUGUAGGUGACAGGUUGUAAAGAAUAUAGUACCAAUCU